CUCGAUACGCCCCCUAUCGGUAAUAUUUGAUCAACUUACCUACAUGAGAAAUAAGUAAAUGACUAAUAAUAACCAUGGGGAAGAAACAGCAUCAGAAAGACAAACUGUACCUAACUUGUACUGAGUGGACGCAUCUGUAUGGUGGACAUAAAGGAGGGAAGGAAGGAGAAAAAGCAAAGUUCAGAAGACUACCAUUCCACUGUUGCAGCUUAUCCUUACAACCAUUUGAACAUCCAUUAUGCACAAAAGAAGGGGUGAUAUUCGACUUAAUGAAUAUUGUUCCAUUCUUGAAGAAGUACAAAGUGAGCCCUGUUACCGGAAAGCCUAUGUCUGCCAAGGAGCUGAUAAAACUCAAUUUUUACAAAAACAGUGAAGAUAAAUACCACUGCCCAGUAACAUUCAAGGUGUUCAACGAAAACUCACACAUUGUUGCUAUUAAGCCAACUGGAAAUGUGUUUUCAUAUGAUGCAGUAGAAAGACUGAAUCUCAAAACAGGACAUUUAAAGGACUUGAUCAAUGAUGAGCCCUUCACAAGAGCUGAUAUAAUCACAAUACAAGACCCUACUAAUCUGGACAAAUUUAAUUUGGCAAACUUCUAUCAUUUGAAAAAUAAUGUCAAGGUGGAAGAUGAGGAUGAAGUCCUUGCCAGAAAAGAUCCUAAAUUUCACCUGAAAUCCAUAAAUGCUGAAACUAGAGAUGUCUUGAAUACAUUAGAUAAAGAAUAUAAAGCACCAGAGAAAACAGUUGUGGAAAAGAAAGUUGCUGACAAGUUCAAUGCUGCAUCUUAUUCCACAGGCAGGGUUGCCGCAUCAUUCACAUCUACAGCUAUGGACCCCGAAACCAGACAUGAAGCAGCUUUAAUUGAUGAAGAUAUAAUAAAAUAUGAGCGUGUUAAAAAGAAGGGGUAUGUGCGUCUGGUUACCAGUAAGGGAGUACUUAACUUAGAGUUGCACUGUGAAAUGGUUCCAAAGACAUGUGAGAACUUCAUGAAGCACUGUGCUAGUGGAUAUUACAAAGGAACAACAUUCCACAGAUCUAUCAGAAAUUUUAUGAUUCAGGGAGGAGACCCCACAGGAACAGGCAAAGGUGGAGAAUCUGUAUGGGGUGGAGCCUUCAAGGAUGAAUUCAAGCCUAAUCUAACUCAUUCAGGGAGAGGUGUACUCAGCAUGGCAAACUCUGGCCCCAACACCAACAAAUCUCAAUUUUUUAUAACCUUCAGAUCUUGUAGGCACUUAGAUCAGAAACAUGCAGUAUUUGGAAGGGUUGUUGGUGGUUUGGAUACAUUAGAUGCCAUGGAGAAAGUAGACACUGAUAAAAAUGACCGACCAGUGGAGGAAAUAAAACUGAUCAGCUGUACUGUCUUUGUAAACCCCUACCAGGAGGCAGAAGAGCAGCUUGCUAAAGAGAGAGAGAUGGAGUUAGCCCGGGAAAAGGAGGAACAAGCUAAGCUAAAACAGAGAUUUCAGCCAAAGAAAAAAGAAGAUGGUCCAAAAGUGUACAGGGAAGGAGUAGGAAAAUACAUAAGCACUGAAAAGCGAGAUAUGGAUGAAACAGAUAAUUUGGAACCAGUCAGAAAGAAAAGCAAAGGAAAGACUGGUUUUGGAGAUUUUUCUUCAUGGUGACUGUUAUUAAAUGAAGUCAAGGGAAUAUUUUACAGAAUUUUUGAGUGAACAGGUUCUUAGGCAAGGAAGCCUCACUGUGAGCCAGGUGGUGGUUGAACUGGUUUGAAGAUUAUUUUUUGAAGUUGCAUUUGUAAGGAUAAAUAUUUUGUGAUGGAAACAUUUUAUAUUUUUACAAUUUAUUCAUUUGAAAGGAACUGACACAAUGUUGACUUGGUUCAUGCUGUUUUCAACAUAAACUGGUUUAGCAAAUUUUAAGCCACUUAUUGUGAUUAUGGCAUAUUUGCUUGGAGCCUUUAAGAUAUUUUAAGCCUUUUAGAUGCAGGAUCAUUUAUUAUUUACCAAAUGAAAAAUAGGGAAAGAAGUAUGUGAAUAAACUUCAACAAGUUGA